GGCCCAUCCGUAUAUCCAGUUCAUCCCUUGUGUGACAUUCGCUCUAUUUAUUUGUACGAUACUUGACAAAAGCUUGUCUCACUGUCGUCCCGAGAUUGCUCUGCUGCCGAGGAGAGUGCAACAACCAGCAAUAAGUUUGCGUGAACUGUAUCCGAAACGGCAUACUCAAGCACUUCAUGCGAGGAUGGGAGCUCUUCCCAAGAUGGCAAUCCAUUCUGAGGGUGUCGUUGUGCAAGUGACUGCUGGUCCACUGUCGGCUUGUGCAACGUCUGUUCGCUGCUACCAGUCGCACAUGUUCCGUAUGGAAGGCCAUCGUCGCCAUUUCCAGCAACCCAAGGGCCAAUCCCAGACCAAACGACUGGCUCUCCGUCACAGGAGGGCUGGGGAGGAGGAUCCCACGUCCGCCAUUCAAACCGUCUUGCUGCACAUUUGCUACCCUGCGACGGGCUUCAGCAGAGAGUUCGACCCACCGGUUGAUGUCCUCGGGUGUCGGAGGGAUAUAAGGAAGCGAAGGGAGCUCAUUGUCGUCGUCGUCGUCGGGAUCGAGGUCAAGGUCACCGAUGUGUGA